AUGUCCGCGACCCAAAAAGUUCAGCAGCACCCCGCCUUCAUCCAGGCCCAGGACAAGGCGAACUACUACGUCAACCAGCUCGACAAGGAGCUCUCCAAGUACCCCGCCCUGAACGCGUUUGAGCAGCGCACCCAGGUACCCAAGAGCUACGCUUUCCUCGGCGCCGUCGUUCUCCUCGCCGUACUUCACUCCGUCAACGCCUUUGCGUCCCCCGUCUCCAAUCUCGUCGGAUGGGCCCUUCCCGCCUACCUCUCGGUCAAGGCGCUUGAGAGCCCUGGCCACGCCGAUGACGUACAGUGGCUCACGUACUGGAUCGUCUUUGGUUUCUUCAACUUCCUCGAGUCCUUCGCCCUCCGUGCCGUCCUCUACUACUUCCCCUGGUACUUCGCCUUCAAGAGCGUCUUCAUUCUCUGGCUCCAGCUCCCUCAGUUCCGCGGCGCACAAACUCUCUAUGGCGGUGUCGUCCGCCCCGUCUUCGCCAACAUUAGCAGCAACGGAUCCCGCCUCGCACCCACCCAAUCCGAGCCCACCGUGACUGCUGACGGCCUCCGUGAGCGCGUCGAUGGUGCCCAGUGA